UCUCGACACUCCACGCCCACAACCAGCUCAACCCGCUCGCGCAACUCAUCUCUCUCACCACUCCCACUUUCUCAAAUAACCCACCCCAACCAAACUCCUUCAAAAUGACUGGCGGCAAAUCCGGAGGCAAGGCCAGCGGCUCCAAGUCCAGCGCUCAAUCCCGUUCAUCCAAGGCCGGUCUCGCUUUCCCCGUCGGUCGUGUCCACCGUCUUCUCCGCAAGGGCAACUACGCUCAGCGUGUCGGUGCCGGUGCCCCCGUCUACCUCGCUGCCGUCCUCGAGUACCUCGCUGCUGAGAUUCUCGAGUUGGCCGGUAACGCUGCCCGCGACAACAAGAAGACCCGUAUCAUUCCCCGUCAUCUCCAGCUCGCCAUCAGGAACGACGAGGAGUUGAACAAGCUUCUCGGACACGUCACCAUCGCCCAGGGUGGUGUCCUCCCCAACAUUCACCAGAACCUUCUGCCCAAGAAGACAGCCAAGCCUGGCAAGGGUCCUUCGCAGGAGCUCUAAACGCGUCCUGCAUUUGAGUUUCUUCUUCACGGCGUGGUUACUUCAUGGGUCUUUUUCAUCUGCAAUGAUAAUGGGAGUCGGUCUGGGUUUGGGUUCUCGGCUUUUUACGGGAUUUAUACCAGAGCUGUAUAUUAGCUGGUUGUAUUGACGACCGCGAGCUCAUGAGCUGAAUCGAGCAUAUCACUUCAAUAUUUGUCUUUUGCCGUGACUUUGCCUUGGUUUGCAUUUAGUUUUGUACUGUGUCUGCGAGUUGGCGCUUGCAGAUUGAGCGGUGGAGGUACAUCGGGAAGCUAUCAGCCUCACACCAGCCAUUCCUCAUACCGGUAGAUCCACGCGGCACGCGAUCUCGAGGCGGUCAACUGGUGCGACAACGUUGCAUUCGGCAAGUCUGCGAUUGCGCAACUUUGACAAUGUACUCUGCAUAGAAGUGCCGUGUAGAAAUCAUGCAGUUGUGAUUCUUGCAACU